UUAUUUUUAACCCAUUUCUAUGAUCUAACAGAGUUGCUUUGGAAGCCUAACUGUAAAUUGUUUUUCUAAAUGUAUCAUUUUACGUUUUGGUAUGAGCAUCAAAGAUCGCCUGAAAACGGCAUAUGAAAACGUUGCUCUGAAUGGAGACACAACUUGGACAGACUCGACCAAUACAUUUCAGGAAGCGAACAAGAAACUUUUCAGUAAAGAACAACAACUCAAAAACAUUAGAAUUAUAGAAGAACGGCCUAGGACAGUUAAAGAUUCGAUACCAAACAGUAAAUUAGCUACGUAUGACGAUUACGAAUACAACGAAGCUAGAGAAUUGUGCUAUACAAGGAGCAUACAAAAAACUCAAAUCGAAUUUCUCUCCAAAGAUACGUCAAUAGAUGCACAAGAGGAACCAUGGCUUUUACAAGAUGUUGAUACGUUGUUUAUAUGGUUUAUAUGUUGUCAAAAUCAAAAAAGGAAUGAUUGUGGUGCCUUUGAGUAUUGCAACGAACAUGGUAUGCGACAACAUAAACCGAUAGAAGAUCAAGAAAUUAAAGUAGUGUCACCUCUGUUGAAUGCUAAUGGUUUCCAGGAGAAAAAACUCAGAAUGGCUAUUAUAUCAGAUAAAGUAAAAAUAAUUUGGAAUACGCAAAAGGACGAUUUACGUCAGCGAUGCAUAGCGUUCGCUAGAGACAUAGAUUUAACUUUAAGCAAGUUGCCCAGCUUGCAAUUUUACAAUGCUCCUCACGAUCCGAGAGGUCAGGGACCAUUUUUAGACGAGGUAUCAGAGUCGGCGAAUGAAUUCGAUCAUUUGAAGGAUCUGGCGAUGUCGUUCAGGCAGCAGAACGGCUGGAUGAGCAAGAGUCAGGCCGCCAUCCAGGACCUGGACGCGGAACCCGUUGAGCCGAACAUCGAAGAACCUUGCGUCGAAGACAUCAAGAUCGAAGAACCGGUGUGCCCUAAGAGACUGUAUUCGGCUGUACUUCAAGGACUCGCCGCUACGGAUCUAGUGAAGAAAGAGUCAGAUGGAUUAUCGAAGCCACUACCCGAUCUGGAGGCAACGAGUUCCCUGAAUAUGAUCUUCCCGAAGUUCUCGGUGUGCUGUGCAUCUUCGGUCGUUUCUACCGUGACCGAUCUGAGCGGUUCCCCGAGCCAGUCGAAUCCAGAAGAGCCUAGUCAGGUUUUCAAGUCGGAGAUGAGGAUUCAGAAGAACAACAACACGCCGAUACAGACCAACGUUAAACUACUGCCAAAGACUAAACCCGUUGAAACGUCUCCGGUGAAAACGGCUAACCUUGUGAGAGAAACGACGCAACAGAAUAACGAAGACUACAGGAGUACCAACACUAUCAGCGUUCCAGUGAUCGCGCAAUCUUCCUACGUUAACAAUUACAGCUAUCAGUUUAACACUUCCCAUUAUUCGAACACUUAUCAGAACAGUUGCGGUUGUACGAACACUUUCUCUCACACGUCCCAAGUGAUAACUAACAGAAAUAUGCAGACGUUUCAACGCCAAAACCCCUUUAUUCCCAGUCAGUACCAGUACGCGCAGCCAGUGUUGAUGUUGCAACAGAACCGUACUUCCAUCUAUCCCAUAUCUCAACCGGUACAAACGCCUUAUUUCUAUCAGCCUUUGCAACAGACUAGAGUCAUGCAACGGUGGAUCGUCCCUCAGAAUUAUUCUAGACCUAACGUGAGUCAAGCGAACUUCCUGAACUUUGUACCUCAAACCACCUGGAUGGGCCCAGCCAGUCAGCAGCAACCUACACCGUCAACAUCGCAGUAUUUUGUGGAUAACCGAUUGAAACCUAAACCUAAGAAAACUACCCAACCUCAAAUUAGCAUCCUGAAGAGUAAAGUCAGAAAAGCCCAAGGAGAAAGCUCAGCUUCCACCGAGACCACCGACAGUGACGCUUUACGAAAGAGUUUACGCGAAAAUUCUAAUUCUUCUUGUGUAGAGGCUAGUCCACCUCAACUAUCGAAUAAGCUGAAAGCGAAGAGCGAUUUUGACGAAAUGGUCAGUAAAACGGUGAACAUCCUGUUCGAAGAGGAAGUGCCGGUCACUUCGACGAUCUCGGAAGAACUGGAAAUACAAGCGCUGGAACAAUACUGCAAUUCCACAGAUAAUGUGUACCGUGAACUGGAACGGCAGGCAGCUGAGCAGUACGACGGAUUGUCGGAAAACUUGAGGGGCCCCCCGACUCAUGACUUACUUUUCGGGGGGCUGUGCAGCUUCUUCGCAUGUUCAAUUGAUGUAAAUGUGUAAUAUUUCCCUAGUAUAAUCGUUUUUCGUCCAAAUUUUGUUCAGUUCAAUCGGGUAGUUAGGUUUUGUUAAGUUUGAUUUUUUUCUAAAUUGAAUACCCUCUACUAUAAGUCCUUAACGCCAAUAAAAUUUUACAAAAACAAAACAAAGGUAAAAAAUAAUAAAAACCAUGACUUUCUCGACUUUCA